CAACACCGCAGAUUUACCCUGAUGACCCUAAGGAACUUUGGGAUGGGGAAGAGAAGCGUUGAAGAGCGAGUUCAAGAAGAAGCCCAAUGCCUGGUGGAGGAGCUCAGGAAAACAAAGGGUCAGCCCACUGAUCCCACCUUCAUCCUUAGCUGUGUGUCAUGCAAUGUGAUCUGCUCCAUCCUCUUCCGUGACCGAUUCAAGUACGAUGAUGAGAAAUUUCUCUAUCUGAUGAACUUGUUAAAUGAAAACUUCCGCCUCGUUAAUGAACCAUGGACACAGAGGAAGCACAAUGAACCAUGCUGCCCACCUUAUGAGAGAGAAGGGAAUGGACUCAAGAUGUGUAUGUCGCUCUACAACUUUUUACCAGCAUUCAGAGCAUACCUCCCUGGAGAACACAAAAGAAUUUUAAAAAUUAAUGAGGAACUUAAAGAUUUCAUUUUGGAAAGAGUGAAGGAGCAUCAGAAGGUACUGGACCCCAACAACCCUCAGGACUACAUUGACUACUACCUCUCCAAAAUGCAGCAGGAGAAAGAUAAUGCUCAGACUGAAUUUGACUUGGAAAAUGUAAAAAUGACAGGAGUAGAUUUAUUUAGCGCAGGAACAGAGACAAGCAGUAGCACCCUACGAUAUGGCCUGCUGCUCAUUCUGAAAUAUCCUGAGGUCCAAGCAAAAAUUCUUGAGGAAAUUGAAUGUAUGAUUGGACACAAUCGACUUCCUUCCAUAAGGGACAGACAAGAUAUGCAAUACAUGGGUGCUGUGGUGCAUGAAGUGCAAAGAUUCAUUGACCUCGUACCUCUCAACAUACCCCAUGCAGUGAACCGAGACAUUCAUUUCCAACAAUAUAUCCACCCCAAA